GCAGUUGUUCUUGGCUACUAAUCAGAAAACAGAUAUGGACACGCAGUACGAAAUUAUCGGUAGAAUAAUUGAAUACAUCCGACGAAAUGACGUACGGAAUUUGAAGAGAAUACUAAUGAGAAAGCCGGAUGAGAUCGCUUACCUUUGUACGCAGAGUAGAGACAUUAUAAAUGAAAUGUAUGUAGUCCCAUACGCAUUUCAUUCUCGUCGUUCUGUCGUUAUUCUAAAAAAAAUUGGCUACUCCCCGCCUAAUUGUAUUAAUAAGCAGAAAGGUCCCGGUGGAUGGACGGCUCUAACGUGUGCCGCCGAUUUGGGAUUCGAACAAUGCUUACGAACUCUUCUGAAUGCUGAUGCGAACGUUAUUAAAUUACUUCACGAAUACUCGGCCGAUUUGAAUUUAAAAUCGAAGAAUGGCUGGACUGCACUACAAAUAGCAAUCUGGAAUGGUACAGUUGAUUCUGUAAAAACCUUACUCGAAUUAGGAGCGUCAGUUGAUGUUGCUGGACCUUCACAGUGGAAUGCCGUUCACAUAGCUGCCUAUUUUGGACGCGGCGACCUUAUCGACAUACUUCUCAAACACGGGGGCAAACUGAAUAGUGUUACAGUGUCCGGCGCAAGUGGACUUUACUUGUCGGCCCAAAACGCCAUCAGGAGUUCGAGCAAGACGCAAUUGGAUGCUGGCGCUCUGUCUUAUCUAAGUAAAAUUGAUGGCUGGACGAGCGUACAUAUUGCCUGCUCAAAGGGUCAUUACGACAUUGUCCGAUUGCUGCUCGAUGGGACAUCACAUGUGGAUAGAAUGACAGAAGAUGGCGCCACUCCUUUAUUCCUAUCUGCCCAGCACGGACACUCGGAAAUUGUUGAGUAUCUGUUAAGUCGAGGGGCUGAUGUUAAUUCGGUAACAAAGGACGGUUGGACUCCACUGCAUAUGUCUUCGCAAAAUGGCGACGUAAGCACUUGCCAAUUACUUUUGGAAGCCGGGGCCCAGAUUAAUAGCGUUACAGCGAGUGGUGAUACGCCUUUUCACGUAGCCUUACAACAUCGCCACGAGAACGUUGCUAGGAUAUUAUUGAAAAGGGGAUCGGAUGUUAAUGCUUCCAAUUCUUCUGGUAUAACACCUCUCCACCUUGCGGCGGCUAAAGAUUCAAUGUUAAAUGUCCUUUUAAAAAGUGGAGCAUCACUCAAUGCUCAGGAUGAGAAUCUUUGCACGCCUAUUCAUAUAGCCUGCAGGAAUCGAAUGUUUCGCGUAGCGUCCGAUUUAGUCUUGGCAGGGGCUUCGGUUGAUAAAGUUGAUAAAUACGGUAGAACCGCAGCUCACCUUGCCGCUUUAAACAGUGGUUAUGAACUAAUAGGUUGUUUAAAGUCUGCUGGGGCUAAUUUAAAUGCUCGGGAUAAUGAUGGGUGGACACCUAUGAGUAUGGCUGCCAAGGCUGGUAACAUUAACGAAAUACAAGCUUUAAAACAAUUAGGCGCAGAUAUAAAUUUGCCAAAAAAAGAUGGUUGGACGCCACUACACCUCGCUGUAGAACGAAGAAAUCUUUUAGCGGUAAAAUCGUUGCUAGAAAAUGGAGCCGAUGUUAACGCCCUCUUGAGGGAUAAAUCAACAUCAUUACAUUUAGCUUGUUGGUCUGAAGAUGUUCAGUUAAUUAAAAUACUUUUAAAUUACCGAAUAAAAUCAACGACGGCAAAUGAGGAGGGUUGGACACCGGUCUUAAUAUCUAGCUAUCUUAGGGACAGUCAAGCUCUAUCUGCCCUUAUAACUGCUAAGGUCAAUGUGCAGUGUAAAUUAAAGAAUGGUAUGAGCCCGUUAUUUAUAGCAGCAGCACAGGGUGAUACUGCUGCUGUAGAAUUAUUGUUGUCGGCGAAUGCAAACUAUGAAAGUAUUACUGAAAGUGGAUGGAAGCCGCUCCAUAUCGCUGUUCAAAGGGGUCAUAAGAGAGUAGUUGAGAUUCUUUUAAACAUUGUUGAUUUUGAUUCAAAAUUACCAGAUGGUAGAACUGCUUUAUAUCUAGCCGCUGAAUUUGGUAGGAAGACCUGUCUGAGGUACUUGAUUAAAAAAGGAUGUAAUAUAAAUCCCGUUUCCGAAUAUGGAAUGACUCCAUUAAUGGCAGCCGUUGAUCAAAAUAAUCCCGGCUGUGUUAAAAUUCUUAUUCAAGCUAAAGCAAAUUUAGCUCAUCAAACUCCGGAUGGUAGGACAUGUUUGCAUAUUGCCAGUGGCUUAGGCCUAGUCGAUCUUUGCCAGUUGUUGAUUGACGCACAAGUGGAUGUAAAUACAAUCAAUAGGAAGGGUCAGACACCGUUAGAUAUAGCUAUAGAAGAAGAGCAAUAUUUGGUAAAAGAUCUUCUCUCCAGAGCAGGAGCUAGGUUAGGAGAGUAUUCAUAA